AUGGCAGCCACACAGCCACCCACCGCCGCGAAAGAGGCUGUGCUGGUAAAGUCGGUCGAGAUGCCCGAGGGCGCGCAAAAGGUCGAGGAGCUCGACUUUAACAAGUUCAAGGGCCGGCCUAUAACGGUCGACGACCUCUUCCAAGGCAUGAAGCACAUGGGCUUCCAGGCGUCGUCCAUGUGCGAAGCCGUCCGGAUCAUCAACGAAAUGGUUAGCGACGUCUUACUAACUAACUGUGUGUUCUUUUUACAGCGCGCGUGGAGGGACCUCGAGUCCGGGGACAAGACGACCAUCUUCCUAGGCUACACGUCCAACAUGAUCUCGUCGGGGCUGCGGGGCGUGUUCCGGUACCUCGUCGAGCACAAGCACGUGUCGGCCAUCGUGACCACGGCGGGCGGCAUCGAGGAGGACUUCAUCAAGUGCCUAGGCGACACGUACAUGUCGUCCUUCAGCGAGCGCGGCGCCGAGCUGCGCGCCAAGGGCCUCAACCGCAUCGGCAACCUGGUGGUGCCCAACUCCAACUACUGCGCCUUUGAGGACUGGGUCGUGCCCAUCCUGGACCGCAUGCUCGAGGAGCAGGAGGCCAGCCGCGGCACCGACGUCGAGGUGCACUGGACGCCGUCCAAGGUCAUCCACCGCCUCGGCAAGGAGAUCAACGACGAGCGCUCCGUCUACUACUGGGCCUACAAGAACGACAUCCCCGUCUUCUGCCCCGCCCUGACCGACGGCAGCCUCGGCGACAUGCUCUACUUCCACACAUUCAAGGCCUCGCCCAGCCAGCUGCGCAUCGACAUCGUCGAGGACAUCCGCCGCGUCAACACCAUCGCCGUGCGGGCCAAGCGCGCCGGCAUCAUCAUCCUCGGCGGCGGCGUCGUCAAGCACCACAUUGCCAACGCCUGCCUGAUGCGCAACGGUGCCGAGUCGGCCGUCUACAUUAACACGGCCCAGGAGUUUGACGGCAGCGACGCCGGCGCCCGCCCCGACGAGGCCGUGUCGUGGGGCAAGAUCAAGGUUGGCGCAGAUGCCGUCAAGGUUUACGCCGAGGCAACGACGUGCUUCCCAUUUAUCGUAGCAAACACGUUUGCCAAAGAGGACUACGCCUGA